AUGUCCAAUAAGCAAACAGAAGAGAAUACAGUAACUAAGACAACUCCUUAUGUUCCCUCAUCAGUGAAAAAGUUGAUUGACAUUGACCCUUAUCUCACACCGUUUGCGGAGGAAUUGGCCUAUCGCCGAAAGUUAGCUGAUGAUUGGCUGGUCAAGCUGAACGAAAAAGAAGGAGGAAUCCUCAAAUUUGCCGACUCCUACAAAUUAAUGGGGCUUCAUAUACAGAAUGAUAAUUCUAUCAAAUACAAGGAGUAUGCUCCUAAUGCAGUCUCCGCUUGUGUUAUAGGGGACUUCAAUCAUUGGGAGCAUGAUAGUAAUGUCAUGACCAAGAAAGAUUUUGGCUUUUUUGAAAUUGUUAUUCCACCUAAUGCCGAUGGAUCGCCUGCAAUUCCUAACGACAGUAGAGUGAAGAUUUAUAUGACAUUAUCUGAUGGAAGCAAAGUGGCUAGAAUUCCCCCUUAUAUUACCAGGGCUACCCAGCCUCCAAAAGAAUACAAUAAUUCAGCGUAUGAGGCCAGAUUUUGGAACCCAGAGCACCCUUACAUUUUCAAAAAUGAAAGGCCUCCUCUUCCUGGAUCCCUCCAUAUAUAUGAGGCACAUGUUGGUAUAUCCACACCAGAGCCAAAGAUUGGUACCUAUAAAGAGUUUACGAAAAACGUUUUACCAAUUGUUAAGGAUCUUGGGUAUAACACUUUGCAGCUCAUGUCCAUUAUGGAGCAUGCUUAUUAUGCCUCCUUUGGUUAUCAGGUUACUUCAUUUUUUGCUGUGAGUUCAAGGUUUGGUACUCCUGAGGAUCUUAAAGAGCUAAUUGAUACUGCGCACGGUAUGGGUAUUAGAGUGUUACUUGAUGUUGUUCAUUCUCAUGCUUCCAAAAACGUCGAAGAUGGUUUAAAUAUGUUUGACGGAACAGAUUACUGUUACUUUCAUUCUGGUGGAAAAGGUGUGCACGAUCAGUGGGAUUCGAGGCUCUUUAAUUAUGGUAAUUAUGAAACCCUACGUUUUCUUCUCAGCAAUUUGAAAUAUUACCUUGAAGAAUUUCGCUUUGAUGGCUUCAGAUUUGAUGGUGUCACUUCUAUGCUAUACCUCCAUCACGGUAUUGGGGCAGGGUUUUCUGGAGAUUAUCAUGAAUACUUGUCACCUUUUGCACCUGUUGAUAAGGAGGCUGUGUCUUAUCUAAUGUUAGCAAAUGACUUGUGUUCGGAGUACUCGCGUGAAAAAAAAUGUGAUAUUACUACCAUAGCAGAAGAUGUCUCUGGAUAUCCCACAUUAUGCAGGCCUCGUAAUGAGGGUGGUGUUGGUUUUGAUUACAGGCUCGCCAUGUCUCUUCCAGAUAUGUGGAUUAAAAUUCUUAAACACCAAAAGGAUGAAAAUUGGGACAUGGCCAAGAUAUGUUAUACACUUUCGAACCGUCGCUACAAGGAAAAAUGUGUUGCAUAUGCGGAAUCGCAUGAUCAGGCUUUGGUCGGGGACAAAACGCUCGCCUUUUGGCUUAUGGAUGCCGAAAUGUAUACUAAUAUGUCUGUCCUUUCUCCGUUGACGCCCGUUAUUGAUAGGGGUAUUCAACUUCAUAAAAUGAUUCGCCUAAUUACUCAAGCACUAGGUGGUGAAGCGUAUCUCAACUUUGAAGGUAAUGAAUUUGGUCACCCGGAAUGGUUGGAUUUUCCACGUAAGGGUAAUGGAGAAUCUUAUCUGUACGCACGGAGACAGUUCAAUCUAAUCAAAGAUGACUUAUUAAGAUACAAGUUCCUUUAUCAAUUUGACAAGGCAAUGAAUAAUGCUGAAAGUAUAUAUACAUGGUUGAAUUGUGACCCAGCCUAUGUGUCUUUAAAGCAUGAUAGUGAUAAAAUGAUUGUUUUCGAAAGAAACAAUAAAAUCUUCAUAUUCAACUUCCAUCCAAAUAAUUCAUAUUCGAAUUAUAGGAUUGGUGUUCAAAAUUCAGGUGUUUACAGGAUUGUUUUAAACACUGAUAGAGAGGAGUAUGGGGGCCAUAAUCGUAUUGAUGAGGGAAAGUCAAGAUUUUUUACCACAAAUCUGGAAUGGAAUGGUCGUGCUAAUUUUAUCCAAGUGUAUAUACCUUCGAGAGUCGCAUUGGUUCUUGCUCUCGAGUCAGAGAUUGACAAGAAGAAUUGA